AUGUCCGAAGCCAUGAAAACAUUAGGUAUAGUGGAGGACUGGAGAGAGUUUGUAAGGGUGGCUGAGAGAAACAGGGAGAUUCUGGCACAAGCACGCAAUAUGCUAAAUACUGAUGUGCUUCAGGUGACGGCAGCCAUUCAAGAAAUAAAAAGAAGGGAGGUAACGGAAAAAGUCAAGCAGGCCCCAGCAGUACAAUCCAAGGCGACUGGAGCGCUGUUCGAACAAAACUUGAACAACUUUGUGUCGGGAUCACCCAGUUCAAGGGACAGGGACGUGGAACUAAGAGAUCCGUUUGUUCCCGUUCGAUCAAGCAGUCAAAUGAAUACGGAUCUAACUGAACCAGGAAAAUAA